GUUGUUUUGAAACCAGCUGCGCUUCGCUUCACGGCGCCGAGCGUGUCCCCCUGGGGUGUCAGUAAAGAUGGAAACAGAUCGAGCAGCUAAACUUGAGUUUGCAGUGCAGAUGACAUGUGAAAGUUGUGUUAAUGCAGUGAAAGGGACACUGGAGAAACAGCCUGGAGUGCAUUCGGUACAGGUUGACCUGUCUCGGGAGGAAGUCCUGGUGGAGACGUCUCUGAGCACUCAGGAGGUUCAGGGGCUGAUAGAGGGCACAGGCAGGAGAGCCGUACUGAAGGGAAUGGGCGGAUCAGAACCAGAUCUGGGUGCUGCUGUGGCAAUGCUGAGUGGGCUGGGGCGAGUGCAGGGUGUGGUUCGUUUCCUGCAGCUUUCAGAGGAUCGCUGUUUGAUUGACGGGGCAAUUGACGGGUUGGAGCCCGGAGCACACGGGCUGCAUGUACAUGAACUUGGAGAUCUCACACAGGACUGCAUGAGCUGUGGAGAGCACUAUAACCCAUUUGGAAAACAACAUGGAGGUCCAGAGGACACAGAGAGGCAUGUGGGUGACCUGGGUAAUGUCCAGGCAGGAUCAGAUGGCAGAGCCACAUUUCGACUGGAAGACUCCCAGCUAAAGGUGUGGGAUGUGAUUGGUCGCUCACUGGUGGUGGAUUCUGGGGAGGAUGACCUUGGCCGAGGAAAUCACCCACUGUCCAGACAAACAGGAAACUCCGGACAGAGGCUGGCGUGUGGAAUCAUCGCUCGUUCUGCAGGACUGUUUCAGAACCCUAAACAGAUCUGCGCAUGUGACGGGGUCACUCUGUGGGAGGAGCGAGAUCGGCCCAUAGCGGGAAAAGGACGCAGAGUCACAGACGCACCAACGGCCAAUUUAUGACCACAAGCAGCUGUGAAUAGUGAUAAGCACAGAGUGCACUUAGAGAAGAAGAGAAAACAAAUAAGUACAGACAGACUGAAGAGACCAAAAACUCUUGCCGAGUUGUUGAAACCCUUCAAACUGUCUCUUUCCCUUGGACCCUUUAUAUCUGUGGUGUCGAGCUGGGUUUGCAGACAUACUAUCUGUGAAAAGCACGUUUAGCUCAAAGCUAAAGAUGCAGCCGAGAAAAACCUUUGAAUGCUAAUUAGAAGUGCUGCUAACUAGGAGAGGAGCCAGGUAGCAUUAGCCUAGCUGGCAGGCUACAGAUCCACGCAGAACACUUUUAUUUUCAGCUUUCUGUCACCGCAGCGCCAACCGUUCAACAUUUCUCCCUCAGAUUUGACUCAUUGUCGACUAAACUUGUGUCAGUGGUUCUUCAGGAAGCCAGAAUUGUUCUGUAGUGAGCGGUGCUGUUAGCAUGCUACACCGUUGCUAACCAGCUCCUCUGUCCUAGUAGCAGCACUGUUGGAACAUUUAGCAAUUGUUGGUUGAUUGAUGACAUUUUUAAAUGAUUGAUUGAAAAGAUUAGAUGGAUUGAAUAAGAGAAAACGAAAGAUUACAGAGAAACUGAAGAGACCUGAAGCCAAAUGAACUUAUUUGAUUAUUUGGGUUUUGAAUAACAAAGGAUGUGGUGGCACAAUACCGACAUAAACAUAGAACAAAUCAGUGAUUAGAUACGUCAUCAAGUCAUCUCACCAUCCGUUCCCACUGAGCACAAGCAGAGGGCCAUGUCAAACUGAGCCAAGUGUAGUUUGUAAGCAUUCCACAUUGAACUGUUUGGCCUCACUCUAGAUAUGGGGCCUUUGAGUUCAGGCCAUUAAGCUUUUGCUGAUUAGAUGCCGACUUUAGGCAUGUUUAAUGAGGAAGAGUACUAAACUCUGCAGAGCUGUAGUCCAGAAGGAACCCAGUUUGACCCUAAUGCUCUUCAUUGUCCUGCUGAGACAUUCAAAGAGCUGUUUCCUGAGCUGUUUCUUAGCUUCUGAGUGUACAUGCAAGAUAUGUUUAUUCUGACUACGCAAAUAUAAAGCUCUGGGUUUUUUUCUGUGGCUUCUGGAAUCACAGUGCUAUUUGGAUAUCAUUGUUGUACAAUUUUCUGUUAUUCCCAUUACAAUGCUGGCUCUCAUUUGUUGUUGGUUUCUAAGUUGGAACAGUCACAGUACACUGGGGUUCCCCCCUCACAACAAACAUGAGGAGGAAUUGAGCGCCUGGUUUCUCAAAGAAGCAAGAAAAUUGCAUACAUUUAAAAAAAGUAAAGCACUUAUAAUAGUAUAAAAGCACUACUACUGUGUUUGUGUGUAUUGCAGUAAUAUUUGCCUUUAAACCUUAAUAUUUAUGUAGUAUGAUUUGUCUCUUUUGCAAAAAAAAAAGUGCUUGAUGCCACAAAUGUCAGAAAGGAAAAAAAAGUACCAGUGGAAUCCACCUCCGCCAGUUGCUGAUUGGCUCAACAGCUGUUUAUGAUCCGAAAUCCCAAAUUUUACCGGCCCUGGAGCAGGUUAGGUGUGCAGCAUAGGUUGCUAUGGUGAUAUAUCCCAAUAAAAGUGAUACACCAUUGUGAGACAGACACCAGCAAUGCUAAAACAAUGCUGUCAAAUCUAUAAUUAACUGUCUAAUGAAGGAGGCAGUUGGUCAGUUGAUAAGUACAGGACACUCAUAAAACGCCAUGACAAUUUAUCAUGAUUAGUAUAUCAGGGUGAUUAUCUGCUCUUGAGUUAGAUUGAAUACACUGUAUCAGGAGUAGAAGUACUAUGAGUUACUGUAGACAGUGUUAUGUUUUGAUUGACAUGUUCUAUAAGGAGCUGUGUAACUGCAGAUAGGAAAAUCACAAAAAAAUGACACAAUAUUUAAAGUAACUACAUGCAAUUAAGUACAUUCACAAGCAAGAACUUUUGUACUUCUACUCAAGUAGAGAUAUAGAUAGAACAUUUUUGGUCUAGUAAUAUUUUAUCAAGUCCUACUGUGUAGUUUUUUGUAAUCACCAUGUCUGUUUCAUCAGAAAUAGUUUUCCUGUCCGAGCAGUUGAUGUUUGACCCGUCCACAGAAAGCCUUGCAUGCUCACGUUUGUUUUCUUCAGCUGAAAGCUGAUGCUGCUCUUUGUGUAUCUUUGUUGUAGUCACUGAGAUCACACACACAGAUUAACCAGAGUCUUUGUCAAGGAAGCUGUUCAAUGAGUACUUACCAGCUAGCUUUGAAAUGACAGAGGAGGAAUGCGACUAAAUUAAUCUAGAAACAAACCGCAGUUACUUUAACUUGCGGAAUCGAAAUGAACUUGGACUUUCAGCUUGAAAUAAGACGUUUAGUCUUAGGUAAAAUGUCUCCUUUUGAUUAAAUCAUCUUCAGAAUGAUUGUAUCCUUCAGUGUGUCUUAAUUUUUCACUUGUUUAAUAUUCUGUGUGAAUGUUAUGAAGAUUCUUGUCAUUUCUUUGAUAGUUAAAGGAACGUAGAUAUGCUAUAAGCUAUGGUAUGUUUUUGUUUAACUCCUUGUUUGGUCGAGUUAAGAUCUCAUAUGAGGAAAAAUAACAUUCGUUUAUUUGCUGGUCUAGCGGUCAUUCCUCUGUGUUAAUGAAUAAAAUGGAUUGGGAAAGUG